AUGGAAAUUGAAAAGAAAACUAUAGCAGUCGUUGGUGCUGGAGUAUUUGGUGUCUCUGUGGCAAAUCAUUUAUCUAGAGAGCUGGACGCCACCUCUUACAGAGUCAAACUGGUAACUCUGUCAGAUUAUGUAUAUUUCUUACCAUCUGCUGUGCGUUUAACUGUGUCGAGGGACUAUUCGAGCUCGAUCUUGCCUCUCAAAGACGUCAUUGACAUUGGAGUUGAGACGAUCAAAGACAAAGUGGUCAGCUUCAACACCAGCAAUUUGAUUUUGGAAUCAGAAGCAGUUUUGGAUUUUGAUGUGCUGAUUCUUGCAACGGGCUCGAAAUGGCCCGAUCCGAUUGGUUCAACGUUCGCAUUUGGCGAUGACUACAAGACUUAUUUAGACAAGCAAGCCUCUAGAGUUCAGGAAGCUGAGCACAUUGCUUUUAUUGGAGGUGGUUUUGUCAAUUCCGAGAUUGUCGGUGAGCUGCUGUUCAAAUAUCAAGACGAAAUCAAGUCUGGUAAGAGACGCAUCUCUAUAAUCCACAACUCGGACAAACUUUUGCCAGCUAAUGGCUUAUAUGGCGACACAGUAAGGUCGAAAGUUACAGAUUACCUCUCUGGCAACGGUAUCAAACUCUAUCUAAAUGCAAGAGGGACGAUUUCCGAUGAUGAUCCAAAUCAAAUAAUUUUGGGAGAUGACGCAUCUAAACAUAUCAGGGCGGACUUGAUUUAUAGGGGAGUUGGAAUUGCACCAAACGUACCAACUAACCAUAUCGCCGAUUUUUGCGACGAUAGGGGUUUCGUCCAGGUGCAAACUAAUUUUCAAGUAAAUGCCUGUAAAGAAGGAAAUAUUUUCGCCAUUGGAGACGUCACCAAUUUCAGAUAUCAUGGAAUUAUGAAAAGAGAUAACUGGGUUGAUGUUUUAACUAAAAACGUUAUCUCGUUCAUGAAGGAGGGUGCGAAUGCUAAACUAGCAAGCUGUAGCUGCUAUGAAAUUGGUGAAACUCCGGGUGCUGUUUCACUUGGACCCAAAACAGGGUUUGGUCAGUUUCCGGUGCCUUUUCUUGGAACCGUGAGUAUUCCAUCUUUUGUGGUCGCUAAAGCGAAAUGUAAGAGUCUAUUUAGGGAAAAAAUGGAAGAUAUGUAUAAAAAAUAA